AUGCUUUACCUCACUUCUGAUCAACUUCCGGUGUUCAUUCCACUUGGAUUGAUUGGGUGUUAUAGAUACCUAUGGUAUAUCAUUCGAAUACUCGCCAGUAUAUGUUAUCAACCUAUCCCGAUUCCUGAUGAUCCAACCUAUCUGGCGGAGGAAGACGUGACUAUCAUCGUACCAACCAUCGACGCGGAUGAUUCAUUUGCUGAUGCUGCGCGAUCAUGGCUUGCGAAUAAUCCACGGGAGAUCAUUAUCGUCACCGAAACAUCAGUUGCAGCUGCGUUAGAAAAACUGGCCAUAGAAAACCCAAAGAAAGGAAGAAUCAGAGUGAUCACCGUACCUAAAGCAAAUAAACGAUUACAGAUGGCCGCAGGAAUUCAAGAAACAAGAACCGAUAUCAUUGUGUUUGCAGAUGAUGAUGCACUUUGGCCUAAGACUCUUUUGGCAUCUGUUUUAGCAUGUUUUGAAGAUCAAUCAAUUGGUGGUGUGGGAACUUCUCAAGUUGUAAAACCAUGUAAUCCAUCCGGCAAAUUAACCGUAUGGGAAACAUUAGCAGCCUUUAGAUUAACGAUUCGGAAUAUCGAAAUCUCAGCAUCCACUCAUAUAGAUGGAGGAAUUCCAUGUUUAUCAGGUAGAACAGCAGCAUAUCGUACGAUGAUUUUAAAAGAUCCAAAGUUUUUAGACGGAUUUACACAUGAUUUUUGGAAAGGAAAGUAUCAUUUGAAUUCAGGUGAUGAUAAGUUCUUAACACGUUGGAUGGUAAGUCAUGGUUGGAAAACUUAUGCACAAUGUUGUAAAGAAGCUGAAUUACAAAGUACUAUGAAACCGGAUUGGAGAUUUUUAAAACAAGUCUUACGUUGGACUCGUAAUACUUGGAGAUCUGAUUUAAGGAGUAUGUUUAUGGAACGUCAUAUUUGGUGGAUUCAUCCUUAUGUUGCAUUUACGAUGGUAGAUAAAGUGAUUAAUCCAUUCACUUUACUCGCUGGACCUUGUUUAGUUUUAUAUUUAAUGAUUCGUUCUUCUGCCGGUAAUGCACCUAAUGGAUUUCACUUACCAGCAUGGAACAUAAUCUUUUCAUAUAUCGCAUGGCUCUUAAUCACCCGAACACUUAAACUUUUACCACAUCUUUAUAAAAGACCACAAGAUAUAAUUUAUAUUCCAGUCUGGUUAUUAUUUGGUUAUUAUUUCGCUGUGAUGAAAUUAUAUGCGCUUAUGACGCUUCAUGUGACAGGGUGGGGAACAAGAGAAGGAAUAGAUGAUCCGACUGCAGCUACCGCUGCAGCUGAGAUGCAACAGAAAGAGAAAGAAAAUAUUCAUCAUUCACAACAACAACAAGAACCUGGUUUAUCUGAGAUUGGAGUAGAAGAAAGGAUUCGAUAUAAUCAUUAUCUUGAAGAGGAUCAAAGAGUAUAUCAUCAUGAUGACUAUCAAGGUGAUUAUCGAGUAGGAAGUCAUGAUGGUGAUUAUCGAGUAGGAAGUCAUGAUGGUGAUUAUCGAGUAGGAAGUCAUGCUGGUGAUUAUCGAGUAGGAAGUCAUGCUGGUCAACGAGGAUUGAGUCAUGAUGCUCAUCGAGUAGGCCGUCAUCAAGGGUUUCAAAGUGAAGAAGAUGAGAUUGUAGAUAGAUAUUAUGAAAGUACAUCAAGAAUGGAGAAUGAUCCAUCAAAUCAAAGUGGUCAAGAAGGAUCAAGAGUUACAAGAAAUCAAGAAAAUUAUCAAUCUCACUCUCAACAACCACAACAACAACCUACACUGAAAUUGAUUUCUACUUAUAAAGCACCAUUGCACAAUCCAUUCUCACCACCUCAACCGAUUCAUCAAUCUACUGCUAAUGCUACAACUACCAUGGAAAUUAAACCGGAAUUGGAUCUAUUACCCGAGACAUCAAAUCAUCCAUCAUCAUCGUCAUCAUCAUCAAAUCAUUUAAAUCGCCAUCACGAGACUAGUUUCCUUGGUACUGGAUCAGGAUUACCCACAGAGCCGGUGGUUGAAAUUUCCAUCACUUCACCUGACCUUAGGAGAAGAAGAUAUUAUUAUUAAAAGUUUCAUUUAAUGAUUUAAAUCCAAUCAACUUUCUGCUCAAAUUAAUUUCAAUUGAUUAUCUUGACUUUCUUGCUUUGAAAUCAUUUGUACUGAACUACUUUUCAUCUUCUUGAAUUCUCUUUCUCGUUUUUUUCGUGUGUGUGUGUGUCUUGUGAUUGAUUUUCUCACCUUGAUUGUUCUUUUUGAAUCCGCAUAAUAGAUUAGAGAGGAUUGUAGUAUGUAUGUAUGUAUGCAGCGGAAGAUUGGCGAAUGUAUAGAGAGGUUGUGUAUGUAUCAUAAUGUAUCAUAGUGAUGAGGAUAUCUCUUGUGAUGCUUGAAAUGACACGUGCCCUUUAUCUU